CAGCAAGCAGCCUUGGGCUAUUGAUGCUGACAGUGACCUUCUCCCUGCUUGUGAAGAUAGAUGAGGAGGUCAGAUGCUGCCACCACACCAUUUUUCCAAUGGCACACAACAACAAUAAUCACUUUUCAUCUAUCAGAUGAGGAAACUGGUGCAGUGAGAUGAUAAGGAACUGGCCACGGUCCCCCAGUAGAAAGUGGCGAGAUGGGAUUUGAAUCCAGCCUCAGAGUCCUCUGGGGUGGUAAUCAUACCCUCUCCCCAGGGUUGUCAGAGAAUGCCACGAGCUCAGAUGGGUACAGUACCCUAGUGAGUGCUCAUGAAACACAUCUGCUGUUAAUGUCAGCCUUGUAUGCUCGUUCUCACUGGGGUUUGUAUUGUGAAGGGCCUGUAACCCGCACACUUCUCUGAUGUUGUGUGUGUCUCUUUCCCCAGAUGUGAACCUGGCCAGCAGCCCGCUGACCAGUCGCUGAAGCAGGCCCCCAGGCUGGGCCUGCCCCACCCCCGGCCCAGCAUGCGCCUGUCAGUGCGGAGGCUGCUGCUGGUGGCUGGCUGUGCCUUGGCCUUGGUGCUGGCGGUCCAGCUGGGCCAGCAGGUGCUGGAGUGCCGGGCGGUACUUGCGGGCCCGCGGAGCCCCCGGCGGGUCAUGCGGCCGGAGCAGGAGGAGCUGGUGAUAGUGGGCACGAACCACGUGGAGUACCGCUAUGGCAAGGCCAUGCCGCUCAUCUUCGUGGGCGGUGUGCCCCGCAGCGGCACCACGCUGAUGCGCGCCAUGCUGGACGCCCACCCUGAGGUGCGCUGUGGCGAGGAGACCCGCAUCAUCCCCCGCGUGCUGGCCAUGCGCCAGGCCUGGUCCAAGUCAGGCCGCGAGAAGCUGCGGCUGGACGAGGCGGGUGUGACAGAUGAAGUGCUGGACGCUGCCAUGCAGGCCUUCAUCCUGGAGGUGAUUGCCAAGCACGGCGAGCCGGCCCGCGUGCUGUGCAACAAGGACCCCUUCACGCUCAAGUCCUCCGUCUACCUGUCGCGCCUGUUCCCCAACUCUAAGUUUCUGCUGAUGGUGCGGGAUGGCCGGGCCUCUGUGCAUUCCAUGAUCACGCGCAAGGUCACCAUCGCCGGCUUCGACCUCAGCAGCUACCGCGACUGCCUCACCAAGUGGAACAAGGCCAUCGAGGUGAUGUACACCCAGUGCCUGGAGGUUGGCAAGGACAAGUGCCUGCCUGUGUACUACGAGCAGCUGGUGCUGCACCCCCGGCGAUCCCUCAAGCUCAUCCUCGACUUCCUUGGCAUCACCUGGAGUGACGCUGUCCUGCACCACGAGGACCUCAUUGGCAAGCCGGGUGGCGUCUCCCUGUCCAAGAUAGAGCGGUCCACAGACCAGGUCAUCAAGCCCGUGAACCUGGAAGCACUCUCCAAGUGGAUCGGCCACAUCCCUGGGGAUGUGGUGAGAGACAUGGCCCAGAUCGCCCCCAUGCUGGCUCGGCUCGGCUAUGACCCCUAUGCAAACCCACCCAACUACGGCAACCCUGACCCCAUCGUCAUCAACAAUACACACCGGGUCUUAAAAGGGGACUACAAAACACCAGCCAAUCUGAAAGGGUAUUUUCAGGUGAACCAGAACAGCACCUCCUCCCACUUAGGAAGCUCAUGAUUUCCAGAGCUUCCCUGGGGAGAAGUGUCCACUGAGGUGGGCUGACCCAGCCCCAUCAGAAGUUUCCAUGGCGACAGGCUGGGGGAGCUAUUUAUAGAAUGGAGGCUUAGUAUCUUGGCUCUGGAUGGGUGUGGGGGUGAUGCUGAACCAGCCAGAAAAAGACCCUUAGUUUGUCUGGCACUGGGGAGGGAACAGGAAGGACCACUGUGAUGGAGAGAAUUCUAGAACCAUUUUUGCACAGAAUGCUGUCUGCCAAUCUGACUUCUACAAACAGCAUCGAGUUUGACUACAAACAGCAUCAGGCUGGCCCAAAGCAAUUAAUGUCCUAAUAACAGAGAGUUCUGGGCUAAGAAUAACCCUCACGGCAGUGAGCCAGGUACUCCUCAUGGGAUAUUCAUUUAACCCCCAGUGGCCCUGUGGGGCAGGUGGCACCAUUCUUACCAUUUUACAGAAGAGAAAACCAAAGCACAGAGAAGAGCGUUAACUUGCCCAGGGCCACACAGCCACCAAGUGGCAGAAGCCCCCAAAAGUCAUCUACCCUGGAGAUUGCCUUUAAUGAACAGUUUGCAGCUCAUGUUUAUCCUUUUAUAUUUUGAUGAGGGGUAGGGAGACGGCUUCUGAACUUGGGAAUUCAAAGAUUUAAGAGCUCUCUGCAGGUUUAACAUCUCUUAGCCUCCAUUGUCCACAUCUGGAGAACGCCGAUUCAUAAAUGCCCCCUCUGAGGGUGGUCGUGGGAUGAGGUGGGCUGGCACAAGUGGGUGUGCUUGUAAGCUGUAAAGUGCCGGGCACUCAGUGUGGACAUGGGUGCUGAUAUUAAAAUCUAAGUGAGCGAGCUCGUUCCUAUAUCCCCAGCCUCUCUGAUCAGGAGACUGUGGGGAGCCCCACAGUGAGAAGCCCCGUAGCGAGGUCAGGACCAACUAACAAGGGUGUUUUCCCUGUUUUUCUCAGACUAGAACUUAGAGUUUCGAGCCUGCAUUCUAGUUUUGGUCUUCUUAUUUUUAAAUAAUCUGCAUAUUUUUUGGUUUUUCUCUAAAUCCAGUUUGCACCAACCUGUAAGUCUGGAGAAACCCAGCCUCUGUCGUUACCAAGGCUUGCAUCCUGAGCUGCACCAACAUUCUGGAGUUCUAUUUAAUUCUAAAGAAAAGAACCUUCCCAUUGAACACAGCCUU